AUGGGCUUUUUGGAGGAACAAGUCAACUUCAUUCAAAAUAGCUCUCGAAAUUUUAAUCCCUUUUCACAAACAUAUAACCCAGGAUGGAGGCAACACCCAAACUUCAGAUGGUCAGAUAAUCAGCAAGAGAGCAGUUCAAACAAUAACCAGCCAGAGAAAAAAUCAAGUUUGGGAGAGAUGUUCAACCAAUAUAUGCAGAAGAUAGACAAGAUGUUCCAACAUACUGACACUAACUUUCAGAAUCAGCAAGCAUCCAUUAAGAAGCUGGAAAUUCAAAUUGGUCAGAUUGCUCAACAGCUUGUAGAACGUCUACAAGGAACAUUGCCAGGCAACACAAUGGUCAAUCCAAAAGAGCAAGUGCAAGCUAUUACGACUAGAAGUGGAGUGCAACAUCCAGAGAUUCAUGUGAAGAGACCAGACAGUAAAGACAAAGAAGUAAUGGGUGAAGAGGCUGGGACAGAAGCAGAGUCUGAACAACCAACUAACGAGGAGGAUAAAAGGAAAGAAACACCCAUAGUGAGAGCACCCAGCCCUGUGAAAGCUUAUGUGCCACCAAUUUUCUUCCCUCAGAGGCUACAGAGAAAGACGUUGGACAAACAGUUUGCCAAGUUUGUGGAGAUUUUCAAGAAACUGAACAUCAAUAUUCCAUUUGCAGAUACAAUUGCCCAAACGCCCAGCUAUACUAAAUUCUUGAAGGAGAUCCUGUCUAACGAAAGAAAGUUGGAAGAACAUGAGACAGUCUGCCUAAACGAGGAGUGCAGUGCAAUUCUAUUGAAAAAGCUACCUCCUAAACUAAAAGACCCAUGGAGUUUCACGAUACCUUGCACAAUUGGUUCUCAUUAUUUUGGACAUUCUUUAUGCGAUUUAGGCGCCAGUGUUAAUUUAAUGCCUCUCUCUGUUUACAGGUCUCUUGGAUUGAGAGAAGCAAAACCUGCAACAAUCUCAUUGCAACUGGCUGACAGAUCAAUCAAACGAUCAAAGGGGAUUAUUGAAGAUGUGCUAGUCAAAAUUGAUAAAUUCAUUUUUCUGGUUGACUUCAUCGUAUUGGACAUGGAGGAGGAUUCAAACAUCCAUCUAAUCUUAGGAAGACCCUUCUUGGCUAUCGGAAGAGCGCUAAUUGAUGUUUACGAUGGAAAGAUGAUUCUUCGGGUGGACAAUGAGCAAGUCAUAUUCAACAUAUUCAAGGCAAUGAAACAUCCACUGACCUCAGACACCUGCUGUCGAUAG